UGGCCCAUAAAAUAUGACGAGUGAAACCAUGAGUCACUCAUUGACUGAUACAGGAAGUCAAGCUGUUAGCUGCUAAAACGUGUUUAAUUUUAGAACAAAGUGCAAACAAACUCUGGUGUUCAGUGAGACCGGAAAGUUAUGGACAGACUGCAGCGUGUGCUAUUGUUGUUCUGCUUCUAUACCCGCUGGUAUCCUCUUCAAACUCUUGAACAAGCUGCUCUGCAUUUUGCUGUACUUGCUGACUGGGGUGGAGUUCCGUUGCCUCCAUACUACACUUCUCAUGAGGAGGCUGUUGCUGCAGAAGUGGACAGUCUGGCCAAGACUGAGGGAGUGGACUUUGUCCUAAGCCUGGGAGAUCACUUCUACUUUAGUGGUGUCAAGAAUUUGGAAGACCCCCGGUUCAAGCAAACAUUUGAAAGGGUCUUCUCCCAGCCAUCUCUACUGCAUAUCCCAUGGUACCUGGUCGGUGGAAACCAUGACCACAGGGGCAACAUUUCAGCUCAGAUGGCUUACUCUGAUGUGUCCAAACGAUGGAAUUACCCUGGUCUCUAUUAUGACCUUCACUUUAAUGUCCCACACACAAACCUGUCAGUGAGCAUACUGAUGAUCGAUACAGUGGUGUUAUGUGGAAACACCUAUAACCAAACCCAGCCUUCAGGACCAGAGGACCCCAGAGCAGCAGAUCGCCAGUGGAACUGGAUCACAUCUAAACUGGCGAGCAGCAGGUCAGCCUAUGUUGUGGUGGCUGGUCAUUAUCCUGUCUGGUCCAUCGGUCAUCAUGGACCAACAUCCUGUCUGGUCAACAGACUGAGGCCCCUGCUGAAGAAAUACAGAGUCACUGUGUACUUGUCAGGCCAUGACCACAAUCUGCAGUUCAUCAGAGAGGAUGAUGGGAGCUCAUAUGUAGUCAGUGGGAGUGGGGUGGUCAGCGAUCCCAGCACCACUCACAAGGACAGUGUUCCUCAGUCCUGGCAGCUCUACUCCAGUCCGGUCAAUCACACAGUAGGAGGCGUGGCUUACUUCCAGGUCACUGAGCAUAAGAUGACUGUCAGUUUCAUGCAGACCAACGGGAAAUGCGUUUACCAGGCAGAGCUGCCAACACGUCAGAAUUAAUGGAAUGCUAUAGUCACAGUUUGAAGUAAUGACGUUAUUUGUAUAUGUGAGCCUAUAAUUAUCUUGCUAUUGUGCUACUUAAUGCUGUCUUACUUUUAAACACAAACAUAAUUAAUAUAUCGCAGUGGCUUUUUGAAGGCUUUUAACAAAAAUCUAAAGCUGAAAAAAAGAUUACAGAUAUUUAUGGGCGAUGGGAUGUUACUAUUAAAUGAAAUGUAUACAUUCAUACUAUUUGUUGCUGUAUGUAUUGUUUUAUACAUGUAUCAAAAUAUAAACACUUUUAUGUCUUUUGUUGUGCAUGUUAUUGCAUGAUGGAUGCCUCAAUCGGCAGUUUGAAUUAUACCCACUCUACUUGCUUACAAGUAAGUAGUAGAGCAAUAUGUGGAGCCAAGUAGAGAGUUCAUCAGUUUGCAACCAAGCCAUCUGCUCUCCCAUUUGGAAUCAAAAUUGGACCAUAUUAUUAUUCGUCAUAUUACUAAGUUUUUAUUUACUCUUCUUGCAUUGCUGUUAAAGCAAUUCUGUUUGUAAAAUUAUUAUUAUUAUUAUUAUAUUAUUAUAUCACAGCUCAAACAUAGAGUUAGCGCUAAUGAGGAAAAACUUCUUUGUAACUGAGAGAAACCUUCAGAGGAGAGAGAGAGAGAGAGAGAGAGAGAGAGAGAGAUUUUGAUAUUGUUAUGCACCGAUCAAGUUCUUUCUUUUCUACAUGACAUCGAUCUCUUUUUUUUGAGACAAAUUAUUUUACUGGAUCUCCCAGGAAGAUGGCUUUUGAGACAGCUUUCCUACUUACAUGUUGUUAUGGCCCAGCUGAGACAAUAUCAAAUAAGGGAAGACACAUGAUGGUUAGAAUAUAACAAAGAGAUUUUUUCAACAAAAUGUAAUUUUAUGUAACUACGAUUUUUUUUAAAUUCAUCUAAUAAGGGUGGUAGUCGCUAAAUUCCAGACCAAAAAAAGAUUAAAUUAAUACUACAAAAAUCCAAACACAUCUGAACAAGCCACAGAAUUGUACCAGAAGGAAUUUGUAUUCUUUCACAGAAUUCCCCCAGCAGUCAGGUCUAGUCAGGUCAUAGUCUACUUUUUCAGCAUCUUUUGAGAUGAGAUGUUUCUCAAAGUUCAUAUUUUGUAGGUGGAAGGAGGCUGUCCCAGAGGCUGUUUUUUAUGUUCGAUUCAAUUGACAUGUCCUGAUCACCCAUAACUCUAAAGUUCCUCACAGUAGAGCUGGGGGCCAAGCAAAUAACUGUGGUCAGAAUUGUUUCUCUGAGGCAUUUAGGGCCAAGUACAAUCAAUGACAAUACUACACGUGUGUUCUCUUUUGUUUGCCAUAAACCAUAUUAUAUUGUAAGGCAUCAAGAUGUAAUUAACUGUAGAAUUGCAGUCUGUGAAUGUGACAUGUGAAGGCCUAAUUGAUGGGUGCAGAAUGACCCUAAAACAUUGAUUAUUAUCCUACCUUGUUAUUACCUCUACCUUCACAGUGUUUUUUUAUAUUGUAGGCCUAUACAUGGCUAUUCUUAAUUCUUGGUUAAUUACCCAAAUUUGUAAAAGACUAUGGACUAUCUUUUCUACUUCGGAUUUGUAUUUUGGUUUUCUAACACGAUAGGCCCAUGGGUGAUCAUGACCAUCUAAUGGCUGAAUUUUAGUUGUGACACCUUAUUGUUGUUUCUAUCUUGGCAUAGAAAUUGUGUAAUUAUCUCCCUACUAAAAUUUGUAGAAUCAACUUAAUGUUUUCUGUCCACUUAACUCUUUGGAAUGACUUAUUCUGGGUAACUUUACCAGUAACUGGUGAUAUUGCUCAUCUCUCAAUGCCAGACACUAAGACAAAAAACUAGCACAAUGAUGCAGGCUUAUUGAGUAGAUAACUAAGCCAUUCUGACAGAAUUAUAGUCUCUAGAAUAAUUGAGGUAAGAGUAUUACAAUAUUUGUACUGAACUUUUUAGUCAAGAUUUAAUAAAGAGACAUAAAAUGGA